AUGAUAAAAGUGGUCUAAUCUGCAAGACUUCCUUCAUCUCCAGUUUUCCAUAGAAAGAAACCUACCGAACUUUAAAACCCGUUGGAGAAUCUGGUUAGAGUGUAAUCACCUUGCGGAAGUACAACAAAUAAUGCAUUUGGAAGAUGUCUUACAGUGAAGACCUUAAAUAGUGAUAGAGAUCCUAUUGAGCUUACUAUAACAUUAAUGUUGGAUAGUUAGAAGUAAAAGGAAUGAAUGAAAAUAGAUUGAUUGUUCCAAUUGGAAUACAUCAAAGCACCACAGAGCUAUAUAAGAAAUUAAUCGGGAAAGUUAAUCAAGUAAAUCCUGCAAUUGUGCAUUAAAUUAAACACUUUCAAACACAUAAUAGCGUUAAGAAUUAUAAUAUUGAUUACUAUUUAUCUCUUGAACAUCACCCAUUAGAUGUAUUUNAUUGUUUUGAGUAAUGA